AUGGCCAAGUCCCUGGUCCCACUCACGCACGGCAGAGCUGCGAAUCAACUUGAAGAGCUCCUGAAGCCCGUCGCACGCCUCAACGGCCAUGUUUUCCAUACAGAUCCUGUCAUUACCUACAUGCUACUGGACAUGUCAUCGGAGGAACGGUUGGCAUAUCUUCCUACAUACUGGUCUACGCUUAUCAGGUCUGCUCUGCUGAAUGACGCCAUCAUUACCGAGGCGGAUGGCUGGAAGGCUGCUUCUGUGAUUAUACCGCCUGGGAAAUGUAUCGAUAACGUGUGGACGCUGAUUUACGCGGGAUUUCUUUGCGUGUUGUGGAGGCUUGGGUUCUCGGGCUUCAAGCGCCUUUGGAAUGAUUUUUCUGGCAUGACGGAUAAUGCGAAGAAGAAGGGUCUGCGCGGUCAGAAGCGGUACUAUUAUAUUUUCAGUCUUGGAACAGAGCUUGAACACCGUGGGAAAGGUCUUGCCAAAUCCAUCAUGCGCGAUCAUCAGUACACUGCCAGAGCCGAGAACGUCCCCAUCUGGCUGGAGGCUACAAGUCCAAGCUCCCGCAAGCUCUAUUUGUCGCUAGGAUUCGAAGAGAUUGAGGAGAUUAUUCUCGGGAAAGGAAAGGUUGAUCCGAAUGCUAUAGUCCAGCCGGGUGGCCCUGGGAUUCCUCUAUAUGCGAUGGUGUGGUGGCCGGAGCAGUCUCCUGAUGUGCCUGGGCUGUGA